CGUCAUUGGUCCAUUUCACAUGUCUGCUGAUCUACUAAGGUGAAGUUGUUUGAUAAUCUCCUGACUAAAAGACCACGUACUCGUUCCGAUUUCCAGACUCGCAUCUUAUUUUAUAUUUUUGAGGGUUCUUUCUCUUCCAUCCAUUAGCCAGGGCUCUUUUUAGAACUCUACUGCAAAGGAAGAAAGGCUCAUCUAGUUGACUAGCCUAUUUACGUGCAAACAGAAGCUAACAAGGGCUAACUCUUAGCUUUUACUCUACUCAAACGUUAUAAUGGGAGAGGAAAUAAACGACAAUACAGGCACCGGAUCUACAAACACCCACAGUAACGAGACAAACGGAGAAGCUGCUGAUGGGGGGGUGAAAUAUUAUACGUUAGAGGACAUCCGACUCCAUAAUAUGAGCAACGAUUCUUGGCUAAUCAUCCAUAACAAGAUAUACGACAUCACAAGUUUUCUAGAGGAGCAUCCAGGAGGCGAGGAGGUUUUGCUGGAGCAGGCAGGAGCAGAUGCCACAGAGAGCUUUGAAGAUGUAGGUCAUUCCACAGAUGCCAGGGAGAUGCUUGAGCAAUACUAUAUUGGAGAGCUUCACAUGGACGACAGAAUUAAGGAGAAAACAAAGGUGGUGGAGUCUAAAGAUUCCGGAGAGUCCAGCUCCUGGGCCAUGUGGGUCAUACCAACUGUUGCUGCAGCAGCGGUUGGAGUCCUGUAUCGUUUCUUCAUGUUUGAGCACAAGUCUUCUUGAAAGCUUUGUCUCAUUCUUUUCAUCUGAAUAGUUUUUUUCUCUCUUUUGAACAAACCUGUCUAAUGCCUAACAAACACAAUUGCAACUGUCAGCAUGGACUGCUGCAAGAAGAGAAAAGAAGCUGUUUGAUGAAAUCUUUGUCCUUGAUCGGCUACACUGUGUUAUUAUUAAUUGAAAAUUUGGCUCCAAAACUAAACUCAAAAUAAUUUUUCAUCCUACUUAUCUGGUACUGAAGUAAAAUACGUUCUGGGUACUUAUACAGACAUUAAACAGGGACAACAUGGAAAAAAUUACAGCAGGAUACCAACCAGAUAAAAAUAAAAUAUUAUUUCCUUUUUUAUGUGUUAAAAUGCCUGCCAUAUUCUCCCAUUUUAUACACUGAAAACAUGUCACCAAAACUCAUUUAAAGGGUGGAGUUCCUACCCUCCUUUCCUCAGUGUACAGUUUUGCUGUUUAAACCGUGUCUGAUUGCAUCUGUCAAUUUUCUUGCAAAUACAAUCUGUCCAGAAUUAAUGUUGUGUUAAAUUAGUUUCUUCCUUUUUUUUUCUAAUCAUGUUUCAAUUAUACUUUGUGGUUAUUUAAGAGAGUGUAAUUUUGCUAUCAUGGGGAUUCAAGAACAUGAAAUAUUUUUUAGUACCCAUAAUAAAUUGUAGUAAAUAUCUCACCCCUCUUUCGAAAUAAAAGAAAUGUGUAAUUUUGGUUUAUUCAGCACUACAAUGUUUAUCUGAUGUCAUUUUUUUCUAUUUAUUAUCAUAGUUCAGUUCUAAAGUGGGUGAGAGCUACAAAUUAUUUAGGCACAGAAUAAUUAACUGUUAAAUUUAGCUUGUGUUAUGCAUCAUUUGGAAGUCAUCAUUUGAUCUUAACUUUAGAAUAAAAAAUCUGGGUCUUGCAUGCCUUCAAUUGUUUACAACAUACAGUAUCUUCUGUUUUCCGGGUCAAAGGGUUAUGCAAAAAUUGUAUGUAUUUGUAUUGUGUAUUUCCCUUUUAUGUGAUGAGCAGAUAGGUCGAACAUUUUCCAGUGGAAUACGAUUUAUAUAUAAAACAAGGAAAACAAUUUUAUUAUUUCAAGUGCAUGUCUAUUUAUUUUUAAGGUAAAAAAAUACUCAUUCCAUUGGUGAUCAUUUUGACCUUGAAAUCAACCACAUUUCUUUUAUCUGCUAGAACUCCUGCAAGGAUUUUAGUUCUACUUUUCAGACAAGUAAAACAAAGAAACAUUUUCCAUAUAUACUUGAAGAUUACCUUUGAAAGUUUGUCGAGUUAUACGAUAUAUUUUGUCAUUUCUGAACAUUCAGGCUCAAUGGAAUGGUGGUUUAUUUAAUCAUUGAAAUUUGAGAAGUGUAUGUCGAAAUGUUGAGUGUUUAAAGUUUUUUAAAUGGCUUUUAUUAUUGAAAAAGCUAUUCUAAAUAUUUCUGCUGGUGGUGCUUUUCAGAAAACUGCAGCACACUUAACAGUUAGGGGAGUCUGAAGUGGAGGAGCCCCCUUUUCUUGUCUGUUUCCAAAACUAGUUCUCAUUCUAAACCACCUUUUCGACUGUGGUCAAGGAGUGUAAAAGUGGCUUAAAUACAGGAUUUUAUAGCAAAUAAAAAAAAAAAAACUUCACAUUUUAAAAGACUAGCAAACCCAAAAACAGACUAACGCAUAAAACACGAUCAAAGGAAAUAUGCUUCAGUCCUUUAGUAAAACAAACAUUUGAUGCUAAUAGAGAUUAAUUGUUUAAAAAAAAA